GAGGGCGAUUGACUCAAACCGAGCAGCGGCACAUGCCAUAUCUGGCAAGACUUGACUUACGUGGGCUAAACGCAACUCACCUUGCCUCACCUUCCGCGCGCCGUACUUUGCGUGUACCUUCGUCAGAUCUACCUCUACCUCUGCCUCUGCCUCUGCCUCUGCCUCUGCCUCGCAACGACGCGGCAGCGGUUCCGCCGUGUAGCACACCUUUUAAGUGCCAUUACGUUAAUAUCAUAAAACACAUGGGCCAGAGGGCAGAGCCCGGCUACUUGAGUCAGUUGACUCUCGGCUCCCGGGGUCACGUGCUCUCAACGAACAUCUUCUCGGCACAACGCUUCGCGGAGAACCGUGCCAGACGAGAUACCCUAGCUGUAAGUACCGGGGAAACGGCAAACGGCAAGAGCAGAAGCAGAAGCAACAGUGACUACAACAAGAGCAACGGGCCGCAUCCAGUCUCCAUCCUCGGAACGAGACUUGCGCUGGACCGGCUCGCGGCACGCGAAGAAUGACCUCAUCGCGGAUGUCGCUCUGAUUUGCUCAAUUCGUUCUAUCUUACACGACGUCCCCCCGGCUCGAGUCUCGCGCGUAACCACCGUCAUCACACCUAUAAUGCACGCGCACAGCCGUCCGGCACGUACCUACUUUACGCGGCGUACAUAUAAAGUCGCGGACUCGCGGGUGAGGUGCCUACGCGAUUGCCGCCGUCCUCUUGCCUCGUUAUUUCAUUACGACGGCGUGUGGCGUGUGGCGUGUGCCGAGUACCCUCCGCCGGCUAUCCCUUGCCCGUUCUCUGCAACGGCGGCGACCGGGCCCUGACCAUAAUCAUCCAUCUCGCCUCUCCUCUCCUCUC